AUGAAUAAUAAUAUGGUAUUAGUUUUUCAACAGUUGUGUCAUAAAGCUCGUGAAAUGGUGCCUGUAAAAAAUAAAUUAUUUUUAAAGGAUAUGCAUUUCAAAGGAUUCCCAUUAUCUAUUUUAAGAGAAGCUUCUAAAGGCACUCGUUAUGAAAUGUUUACACGCUAUAUGCUUCAUUCAAAUAUUCCUAAUAUGUAUCUGUUUUCUGAGCCUACUCCUGAAAAAUGUCGUUAUGCAAUAAACAUAACCAAAAAAGUUCAUUUUCUUCUUUUGCUUGGCGGUAUUGUUGAUUAUAGGAUCAUGACUGUACAGCAACUGAAUGAGUUUGCUGCAUUGUCAUCUCAAGGCUUAGAUGGUGCACGUAGUCAUUUGGUUAUGUUAUUAGAGCAAAAUCGAGGCGGGCAAAUUGUGCAAGACUUAAACUAUCAUCAAUCUUUCAUUGUCAAUGGACUAAAAAAUUUGUAUGACGAAACAAAAAAUAGUAACGAGUCGUCUUCAUCUGAUUCAUGAGUCAUAA